AUGUCCAAACCUUUUCUAUCUUUGCUUUCACUUUCCUUGCUUCUCUUUACAAGCACAUGUUUAGCAACUAGCUCUGAGUUUGACAGACUCAACCAAUGCCGGUUAGACAACAUCAAUGCAUUGGAACCUGACCACCGUGUGGAGUCCGAAGCUGGUCUCACUGAGACAUGGAAUCCAAAUCACCCUGAGCUAAGAUGUGCCGGUGUGUCUCUUAUCAGACGCACCAUUGACCCUAAUGGACUCCACUUGCCAUCUUACUCACCCUCUCCACAGUUGAUUUACAUCAUCCAAGGAAAGGGUGUUAUUGGACUUACACUUCCUGGUUGUCCCCAGACUUACCAAGAGCCACGUUCAUCACAAUCUAGACAAGGAUCCAGGCAGCAACAACCUGACAGUCACCAGAAGAUUCGCCGAUUCAGGAAAGGUGAUAUCAUUGCCAUUCCAUCGGGAAUUCCAUAUUGGACAUAUAACAAUGGCGAUGAACCGCUUGUUGCCAUUAGUCUUCUUGACACUUCCAACAUUGCAAACCAGCUUGAUUCAACCCCAAGAGUAUUUUACCUUGGUGGGAACCCGGAGGUAGAGUUCCCUGAAACACAGGAGGAGCAGCAAGAAAGACAUCAACAAAAACAUAGUUUACCAGUUGGACGUCGGGGUGGACAGCACCAACAAGAAGAGGAAUCUGAAGAACAAAAGGACGGUAACAGCGUUUUGAGUGGCUUCAGUUCAGAGUUUUUAGCACAGACAUUCAACACCGAAGAGGAUACAGCUAAGAGACUUCGUUCUCCACGCGACAAAAGGAAUCAAAUCGUGAGAGUUGAGGGCGGUCUCCGCAUUAUCAACCCUGAGGGGCAGCAGGAAGAAGAAGAAGAAGAGGAGGAGGAGAAGCAGAGAAGUGAGCAGGGAAGGAAUGGUUUGGAAGAAACCAUCUGUAGUCUCAAGAUUCGUGAGAACAUUGCUCAGCCUGCACGUGCAGACCUCUAUAACCCACGUGCCGGUAGUAUCAGCACCGCAAACAGUUUAACCCUUCCAAUCCUCCGCUAUUUACGCCUCAGUGCCGAAUAUGUUCGUCUUUACAGGAAUGGUAUAUAUGCUCCACACUGGAACAUAAACGCAAACAGUCUGCUGUACGUGAUAAGAGGAGAAGGAAGAGUUAGGAUUGUGAACUCCCAAGGAAACGCAGUGUUCGACAACAAGGUGAGAAAGGGACAGUUGGUGGUGGUACCACAAAACUUUGUGGUGGCGGAACAAGCUGGAGAGGAAGAAGGAUUAGAGUAUCUUGUGUUCAAGACAAAUGACAGAGCUGCUGUUAGCCACGUACAGCAGGUGUUUAGGGCCACUCCUGCAGAUGUUCUUGCAAAUGCUUUUGGUCUUCGUCAGCGCCAAGUCACAGAGUUAAAGCUCAGUGGAAACCGUGGCCCUCUGGUUCACCCUCAGUCUCAAUCUCAAUCUAAUUGA